GGGAUAUCGUGCUGGUCGCUUUGUUUUGAAAAAAAAAUACACUCCCGAGAAAACCGGAGUGCGGCAACAAUAACGUGUUUUAUUGUUGUUCUUUGGCAGACGCACAGGGCAAGAUGCCCUUCCGUGAAAAUUUUUGAGGAGAGGCCGGUGUUUUUUUUUUGGUUCAUGCAGCUCUCCGCUUUUUCCCGCAAAACCUUCAUUUCUCAGACCUUCGAUGUGAUCAAAUGUCUCAAAGUUACCAAAACAUGGCACCUGCUCUCACGAAAAAAUAAUAAUAGGACAGAUGAUCAAACGUGGUCAAAGAGAUGGACAAGGUUGUGCUUGGGUCCUUGAAGGUGAAGGACUGUGUGAUCUUCCAAUGCAAGAGAUGUCACACAGUAUUGGGAGAUUCUCUGCAAACCUGCGGCAGCAGCUUAUCAUUGAACAUGCUGAUGUGUUUGAGGGUGACAGAAAAUGUAGACAUGGAUCCCACCAGUUUUAUUGGGUGUGAAGGGCCAAUGUCUAAAUGCCUUUACAAGUCACUUUACUGCAGCUUCUGUAGAUCUCACGUGGGUAUUGUUCCUUUCUCUACAACGGAUUCUUUGGAUUACUUACGAGGACUAUACUGCUUGGACAAGCAUGCCUUGCACUGCUACAUGUUGCAGAGCAAUUCUCAGGUGAAACCUGCUGCCCUGAACUUUCAACCACCGUGUUUAAUUCAGCACAUAGGAGAGUUGAAAAGACAAAUUGUGGUGGCUCACUAUCGAUUGCUGGCAGCAAUGAACAAAUUGAAUGGGUUGGUAGGAGAGGAGAGUGGACAAGAUACCAGUGCCACUGCUGAGAGACAAAGGUAUUAAUAGCAAAAAUGCAUCAAUGUUUACUAUUAAUAUCAUUUUGAGCCUUUGAAAGUACAGUGACUGUUAACCACAAACUCAGCUGCACAUUUGGCUUCCUUGAAAAAUAAUCUUCCCUUCAUCAGAAUUCUGAGAUUGUUACGUCCAAAGGUUGAAUCUGCAGAGGAAAAACAUCACGGUUUUGGAAUUGUUCACCAAGCACCUUCAGUCAUGUUUGUACUGAGCUUUGGUUUCAUGUAACCUGUUAACUGAAUUCAGAACUUUAAUACACCUACAUAGUAGUCCGAUCGCAUCCAUAUCAGUGUAACCUGCUAUCUGAUUUACAGAAUAGUACAACAUCUUGGGUAAUUAAAGUCCUCAGAAGCUAUUAACUUGCUGUCAAGGACUGCAGUUCACUUUUACAUUAUGGCAGGCAGUGAGUUCACAUUAGUCACUGUAGCCUCUUAUCUGGUACUCAAAUGUACUAAAUGCACACUGCUCCUGGUUAGCGUUGGUGUCAAUAUAAUCUUCAUCACAAAAUCUAAACAUAAGAUAUUAAGUUGCACCGUUGCCUCAUGACUACAUUAUUAAUUUACAGUGGGUUAGCACUACAGGCAUAUCAAUUGUAGUGCUCAGCCACUUCCAACCAUUAAUAUGCAUACUGUCCUCUCUCGUUCUCUUAGGUAGGAUUUGUUAAAGCCUUUGAGAUCCAGGCAGGUUGACUGAUCAAAGUCAGUUCUUCAUCUUUGGAAGACAGUUGCCUGAGCUGCUAUCCUUCUAGGCAGAAUUGGACUGUAAAAUGACAGGUAAACUGGCUAGCUGGAGGAAGACUUGCAGUUCAGCAAUAUUUGUUCCACACCAAUAUUUGUGUUAAAAAUCACAACACCAGAUUAUAGUCCAGCAGGUUUAUUUGGAAACAUUAGCCUUUGUAGCACUGCUUCUUCAGGUGGUUGAUGAAGGAGCAGCGUUCCGAAAGCUGGUGUUGUGAUUUUUAACUUUGCACACCCCAGUCCAACACCAGCAUCUCCAAAUCAGCACUUAUAACAACUGAGUGUUAAUCUCUUGCGAGCAAUGGCAUUUACCUUACACUCUCAAUGGUUGAAGAUUGGUAAAUGGUGCAUUGUGCAGUUUACAAAAAGCUUUGCUCCCUUCUGUUAAAUUAGUUUGCUACUUGGUUAUCAUUUGCUGUGGACUGCUGUCUAAAUUGAUCAGCUAAUACAAUUCAUUGUAACUCUUCGCAAUGCAACUGUGAUCUUGAAUUGUGUAACUGUCUGUACUGGUGAACUGUUUAACUUGUGUAAUACUGUAACAAAUUGAGCAAUAAACAGGAUGGAGCAUGUUCAUUUAA